AUUGACGUUUUCCUGAAGGCAACAGAAUUGAGCAGCUUUUCACACAGGCUACACAUACAGGUAUCACUGCGCAGUUUCAGUCUAGGCGUAUCUGUUGUUACAUUUCAGAAAUGAAGCACAACUCGAACGUCCCGGCUUUCCUCACAAAGCUGUGGACGCUGGUGGAGGAUGCGGACACCAAUGAAUUCAUUUGCUGGAGUCAGGAGGGCAACAGCUUCCUAGUAUUGGACGAGCAGCGCUUUGCCAAGGAGAUCCUCCCCAAGUUCUUCAAGCACAACAACAUGGCCAGUUUCAUCAGGCAGCUUAAUAUGUAUGGAUUCCGCAAAGUGAUGCACAUUGAUACAGGCAUUAUCAAACAGGAAAGAGAUGGUCCAGUGGAGUUUCAGCACCCCUACUUUAAACAUGGACAGGACGACCUACUUGAGAACAUCAAGAGGAAGGUUUCUAACACUCGGCCAGAGGACAGUAAGAUUCGACAGGAAGACCUGACCAAGAUCUUGGCAAGUGUUCACAGUGUUCACAGCAAACAAGAGAACAUCGAUGCCAGGCUGGCAACACUAAAGAGGGAGAAUGAAACUCUGUGGAGGGAGAUCUCAGAUCUGAGACAAAAACAUGCCCACCAACAACAACUCAUCAAAAAGCUCAUACAUUUUAUCGUCACAUUGGUACAGAACAACCGCAUCCUGAAUUUAAAACGCAAAAGGCCAAUUCUUAUGAACAGCAAUGGGAAGAAGCCCAAAUACAUUCAUCAGAUCUAUGAUGACAAAGUGUGUGUGGAACAGUCAUCUGUCAACAGUCUGAAUGGUGUGAAGGGCUCAGAGAUAUCAGAUGACGUUAUCAUCUGCGACUUGACUGAGAGUGAUGCUGAGGUGACAGCUGAGAUCACAGAAGGGUCACCCAGGGCCUAUGAGCAGGGUGAUGUAGAAAUUGUGGAAGUAGAACUGGACAGUUGUGCGGUGCUGCCAGCUGAGACGGAGGUAAGCACCACCUGUACAGAUGACAUCAAACAGACAGGGGCCAGUGUGUCAGCAGCAGCAGAUGACAGCCAGAAAAGCAGCACUUUAAACAGCAGUGGACCAACUAGCAGUGCCCUGCAGCUCAAUAAACCCUCAGGCCUGAGUCUGGAGGACCCUGUCAAGAUGAUGGACUCCAUACUGAAUGAGAAUGGUGCAAUUUCACAGAACAUCAACCUGCUGGGCAAGGUGGAGCUGAUGGACUAUCUGGACAGUAUUGACUGCAGUCUGGAGGACUUCCAGGCCAUGCUUUAUGGAAAACAGUUCGGCAUUGAUUUUGAUACCAUGGAGGAGAGUGUGUCCUCCAAAGAGAGCACUGCACAGCUAAGCAGAGGUAGAACAGAGGAAGACAACACAGAUAAGCAGUUGAUCCAGUACACUUCCUGCCCCCUGCUGGCCUUUCUUGAUGGUUGUACCCCUCCUCCAGAGCUGGAUUUGGGUACUGGCAGCAGCAACAGCAGUAGCUCCUCCAGCACCCACCUCCAGUCCUCCUCCGGCUCCAGUGUUUCUGUAGAGGCUGAGCCGCCCUCAGAGCUGCUGGACACCAACCUGGAGUCGAAACAGCUGGCCCGCAGCUCCCUGAUCCGCCUGGAGCCUCUGACAGAGGCAGAGGCCAGUGAGGAAACACUCUUCUACCUGUGUGAACUCAGUCCUGCUGGACUGGAAGCAGACUCCACUCAAAUGGACAGAGUGUGAGCAGGAAGGGAACUGACACUGACAGAGAUGCUCCUCACACUGAUGUUGGUUAACCACAUCCUUCCAUUCCCCAGACAGUACUGAUAUUACGUGUUAAAAUUCCAUCACCUCUCUGACCUACGGUGUGUGUUUGUUGAGAAGCAGUAGCAGAAGUUAAGAAAGCAGCAGGCUGGGGAAAGAAUAGCUGCAGUUUGUACCAUGUACGCAUUUUUACAUGUAAGACUUUUGCAUUGAGUUUGAAAAAAUUCAUGAGAUACAAUAGUAACAACCUCUGGCUGGUUAAUAAUCCUUUGACCAUAAUAGAUGCAAUUUGUAUGAAAAAUGUCAUCAGUCAUAAGUCAAUGAGCUUAAAGCCUGCUUGAGGCUCAGAAUGUUCCAUCAACAUUAUUCUCAUAUCCCUGGAACACUGAUCCUUAAUUUACUCAUAUAAAAAUACUUACUGUGGACAUACAAGUACAAACAGUUUUAUUUACCAUAAAAGCUGUCCUAAAUCAUGUAUAGUAAGACUGACUUACAAAUUGCUGAGAUGCCUGAGUUAUUCUGAGUGUAAAUGUAACACCGAGAUAUUUCGUGUUUCUGCCAUAAAGCUUUUAAAUAGUGAAACAUAAGCAGAAAUAGGUGAGUUUAAAAGGGAAAACAAACUUCCAUGUGUCUGAAAAUGAAACCCACUUCUUUGGGAUGGGUAAGUGUACUUCAUUUAAAAGAUUCUGUGAAAGUUUUUUCAAUGCAAAGGUCUCAGAUGUAAAAACAAAAAAAGACAUGAGAGGCACAAACUGGCUGUGAAAGCACAGGGCACCAAGAAUUGGAUGCCCAUCACAUAGCUUCAUCUCUUCCCUAUCAGAAGAGAACAUUAGCCUUUGCUCUCAUCUGCUCCUCAGUAUCUUCACUGCAUCACAUCUAGUCCUACAACAUCAGUGAGGAGGCAUCCUUAUCUGACUUGUAUGAACAGACUGAACCUUUGUAUAUACUUCUGAAAAUCUAUUUAUUCUGAUUUUUGUUUAUCUUUUGCUACAUGUCUGUCCACAGAGCAGAGGUUCUUCAUAAAGCAACAUUGUCAGCCAGGGCUUACUUUUCUUUGAGUUCAGACUUGGGAAAGUGAAUUUGUUACAUUUGUUGAAUGAAAGCAACAUUGUGGGUAACUGGGACAGAAGGUGAUCUUAACUAGAGACUACACAUAAACAUGUUGAACAAGCAACAGAUAGAGAUGAAAGAGUAGUUUUAUUUUGUGCUGGGACCAUAAAUACAUCACCACAAGGAAUGGAUUGAGUGUGUCUGAAUGUACAUCACGAACCAAAGCCAAAACUGUCUGUAGCCAGUGUAAUUUUGUCUUUUACCUGUAUGUCAGAGAUAAAAAAUAGUCCUAUUGUUUAUUGCUCAUAUGAUGUGCAACACCAGUACUAUGAGUAAUAUAACUGGACAUGCAUGGCAGUACUGAAAUGAAGAGUAAAAUGUUCAGACUUGCUGUUACCCAGGAUACCAUUAAGAAUAUUUGGGUCAGUUGUGGUCACAUUUGGUUUUACAUGAAACAAAGUUCUCCCACAUUCUCAGUUUGAAUCAUCUUUAUCAACCUUUAUUGCACAGUAACAAAGACCACAAAGUGAAAAAUAAAACCCAACAUCCAUUCAGCAAGUCUUUAAAGGAACGCUCCCUGAUUUUGUUACAGUGCUCUAUUAAUCCUUAACUCCCUAUACCUCCAAGCCCCAAGUUAAGUAAGUCAACACUGUUGACAAAAAAUAGAUUUGUGGUCACUGUAACAGAAUCAAGAAGUUUUAGUGUGUGAGCUCAACUCAAAGCCUGGAUGUCACAGUGGAACAGCUGUAAAUGAUUUCAGUCUCUGUUUCCUGAUGUCAAUAUGUCAAUGUCUCAGUAUGUUCAUGUGUGAUAAAGGCAAGUUCCUCUCCUGUCUCUCUUCACUGAUAUAGAAGUGCCUGCAUCCUGUCUCUAUUUCCUCUGGCAGAGUCACACUUUUCGACCUCAGAUGCUGUUCAUAGGCUGCUCAUGAUGGUCACAGAGGUCAUUUGAUUUCUCUGUGACCUGCCCACAUCCCACAAGCUAUCUGUCUUUGUUGUAAUAAAACAAAUGCUACAGUGUUCA